AUGGUGAAUGGCAGCCAGUUUAGUUACGUCUAUGCCCAUGAAAUGUUGAGCUUGCUGAAUUCUCUUCUCGGUCAGGCUUAUGUUGAGACCAUGGGUGGUAGAAUUGAACAGCGCCGAUUAGCCAUGCAAGCAUUUGUUGAUAGUGUCAGAUGUGCCAUAGAAGCUAGAAGUUAUACUUUAGCAAUGUCUGCGAUACGUCAUUAUUGGAAUACCUGCUUACCUCUUGUCAAACCGCCAUUAGAGCGGAAACUACUCAUUGAGCCGUUAACGUUUCUACUUGAAAGUAUAUCUGACUUAUAUCGAAUUCAUAAUAAAUCAAAGGCAGAUGAAGUAAAAUCAAAAUUAACGUUUGAUCAAGGGGAUCCAAAACUCAAGCAAAGUUUACAAGAUUCCAACCAAACCGCUGAAGAAUAUAUCGAUGAUUUAACUAUACGGGCUGCUAUGUAUGGUGUUUUAUUCUUAGGCUACGCUGACAAGGAUCAAUACAAGGAAGGUCUCCAAGCCAUGGAUAAAGCAAUUAGCCACAUGCCUCGAACACAUCAUCGAUUGUUAAUAUUUAAACAUCGUGUCAUAUUCAAAGCUAAAUUGGGUAAAAAUGUCUUGCCUGAUAUUGCUAAAUUCAGGGAUGAAAAUGAAAGGGUGGUUGCAGAAAUGUGGCGAUACGUAGCCGAAUGUUCUGAUGACCGCCUGGAACAGUUAUCAUCCUAUCAGAAUUCAAUUGAAGUUCUUAAAAAUUCAGAAAGUCAGUGGCAAAAGUUUGAUUACUUACUUGAAUUUGGUUGUUGGCUGCAUCGUCAUUUAUUCCCGUUACAAGAUGCUAUUGAUCAGUUAAAUCAAAUAACUGCUAGUAAAACAUUGCAUGAACUAGCAUUAAUUCAAGAACGACAAGCUGAAGCAAAGAAAGCAAAAGAUAAAAAUGCUAACAAAGAUUCAACAAAAGAGCUACAGGUCUUGAAACUACCGAAACGAAAAAGUAACACCAUACAUCCUUCAGCGGCUCUGCCUACCACCAUUGAUGCUUGGAGCACUUACGAAUUGCCGGAUGAUUUUCGUAAUGCUAUAAAGAACGAUACUACUGGUUGUGGUUUCAACAAAAUCUCAAUUAAUAAGCCGAUGUUAACAUUUCAAAUAAUGAAAGAUUUUUUGGAAUUAUGUCAACAAUCUGGUUAUCAUCAAUUAUGCCCACCGUUGGUGUCUAUGAUGACUUUGCUCGCUCAGGAUGUGAUUGAACAUAAAACUUUGAUCAGUUAUAGCCGUCUACUAUCCAUUCAACUAUAUCAAGAUUUAAAUUUGGUAUCGGGUGUUAAACAUCAUGAACAAAUUGCCGGUGAUGUCGUUAUAGACGAGAGCGAACAAGCAAAAUCGAGAGAAGAGAUUCACGAGUGGCAAGAAAUACAAAAUCGUGUCGAACUCGAAGGCGAAAAGAUUGCAGCUAAAAAGAAAGCAACUGUUCGAUUUGAAGACGAUUACGACGACAAGCCAGAAACUACGAUUAAAUCUGUUAAAAAUUCAAUUGAUAUAAGAAAUUUCGAGUUUAAUAGUACCGUUGCAAUCAAAUCGUUAAAGAUUGUUAUUGGCAAUGUAUCAUUACGCCAUUUAUGGACAGAUACAGCGGAAUUAUUAAUUAAGCAGGGACGUUAUCAGUCCGCUCGACAAUAUUUAACUGAGGCACAGUUUUCAGCUGAGGUCUUCGAUGACAAGGAACUAAUGACGAGAAUUUAUUACAAUCUCGCUGUGAUAUUGUAUCGAGAAGCUAAUAUACCGCAUGCUUUAGCUAAACUAAUUGAUGCUCAAAAGAAUGCCGUUGAUAAAGGAAUGUGGCUAAAAACAAUUUUAUGUCUAGUUGAUGUGUUGUUACAAGAUAGUUAUCGAAAGUCUCAGGCAAAGACUGUACUACUUCAUUCUAUUGGUUGUCUAGUCGAACUAGCAGAAGAGCGGAAGAAUGAAGUUAACUAUAUUACAUAUGUCAAAGCACUGCUAACAGCUAGAUUGGCAGCACUAGAAAUGGAAGAAUCGAAGGAAAUGGAAAAUUAUAGUCAAUUACAUGCAACAUUAAUAACCGCUUUAGAGCAUUACAAUACAUCUAUCGAAGAUUUGAAAAAUGAAGGUUUUAAAAGAGAAGCAUCGAAAGUGUUAAUUGAGCAAGGAAAAUUGAAAAACUUGUUAGCAAAUGUAGCGUCAACAACAGAUGAUCAACAUCAGUACCUACUUGAGGCCUUGCAAUCUUACGAAGAAGCAGUACAGUUAUCAAAUGAUGUCUAUGUUGAUAGUACAACGUUAAAGCCUGUAUUAAAGCCAAGAGAAGCUAAUCUGCCGGUUCAAAGAGAGAGUAUUCAAGCUCGGUUAGCGUUUGCCAAUCAUGUUAUUGUAAUCAUGAUUACAGCUGAUGCAGAAGACCAGCAAAAGCGGAAGCUUGAUGCAAGGAAAGAUAGUGUACAGCGGGUAUUCGAUGAAUAUGUCAGACCAACGCCUAUUCCUAAUUCCAUUGAUACCAUUUGGAAAACAGCAAUAAAUACAUUCACAGGAAAAGCACUAACACAUUUAUCGAUAGCUCAUCAUUUAGCUGGAUCAUCUAUCAAGCUAAAAGCUGAGGUGUUGUAUGCAGCUGGUAAGAGUUUAAGAUUAAAAGCUUUCCAAGCUAAUCCCAGUGAAGUUUUACCAUGGAACGAUUUACUUUUAACGAAUAAUCAGAAAAACUUACUAAAUAAUGAGGUGCCUGACCAAAAGAAUGACAAAGAUUUAUACGAAUUAUCCGACGGUAGCAUUUCUGAUCAAGAUGAGGCAAGAGAUGAUAAAAGUGAACUCGAGUUGGAAUUCGGCAAUAGAAAAUAUCGUGCAAUUCGAUAUCUGUUUAAUUAUGGUUUAAGUCAAAAUUACCUAGCGCAAGCGAAUGAUUGCGUAUCUCAGUGUGUGCAUCUCUGUCUGUCACAUCGUCAUCAUGAUAUAUUAUCGUUGGCAGCGCUUGAAAUGGUGGAAUGCUGUGGUAGAUAUGAUCCCUUGACAACAGCCCAAUAUUUAGCUUUGCAUCAGAGCUGUGCAGCUAGUCAAUUUUUAUACGAAACAUUAAUGGGAGCUCAGCGAGAUCCAACAGCAUCUCGCCAAGCAGCCUUACUACAACAACGACGACAUAUUAAAAUUGCAUCAUGUGAUAUCAACGAAGCCAUAUCUACUACAUUACAGAGUAAUUUGGAUCUACUGGAAGUAACUAGUGAGGCAUGGAAAUUCAUAUCUAUUAGCCCAAAUCAUUUAGAUUUAAUGAAAGAUCUCCCGGCGGGUAUCUCUUGCAUAAUACUGCAGCAUUCACCGGAUAAAUCGGUUUUAUAUGGAGCUAUGCUGGAAAAAUCAAAGACUGCAACUAUUAAAGCAACCAAAUUAUCCAGCCAAAACCUACCUAUUAAUGCGUCAGUAGCCAGAGCUGAUGUUUCUCCAAUACAAUUAGAUAACUUAUUGGAAAAAUUCGAUCAAUAUAAAAAAGAUCUUUCAGCGGCCUUGGUUAGGUGGAAUCGUUUAGAACAUAUACAACAACAACAAGAGAAAUUAAUAUCUUCAUUUGAUGGGGAAAGUGACAUUAAAGAAGCUAAAGAGCAACAAAAAUUUACAGCGGAAGAAGAAUCAUUGCAGGCAAAUUUUAAUGAUUUAAUUACUGAUCUUGAUGAAUAUUUAAGCCCUAUUUUGGACAAAUUUGACUUUAUUGGAAGACCUGGCACUGGCCGCACUGGUACUUCAAAUAUGAGUGGUCCACCUGGCUCAAGCCACACAACGGGUGAUUUUCUUGUUAUAUUAGCUGAUAAAGAGCUACUUCGGUUACCUUUGGAAGCGACUUCCUUCUUUCGCUCGGCUAGUGUCUCGUCUAUUUCUCGAGAUUUCUCCUUACAGAUACUUCGUCAUCGCUUGAUUGACGAUGAAGGGAGGGAAAAACGAGAAAAGCGAAAACCGAAAGUAAGUGAUCAAAUAAAACCGACAACCACGAGCAAAAGAAGUGACAAAAAAGGAAAGCAGCAGAAUUUAACAGAAAGAGCUCCUCCCGCUAAUGGGCUUAAUAUCAACUCAUCUUACGUUCGAUUUGAAGAUGUUGUCGAUACUAAAAACUUUGGAUCUGAUAUGGGCGAGUUUUCUCCAUCCCAAGUUAUGACCUCAAUCUUGAAAAGUAGACCAGCAGUGACAAAUCGAUGGUAUGGUUUAAUGGGCAAUGACCAUGCUCCUAGCUUGGGUGAAUGGCAACGAAUCCUGUUGCAAAGUUCUGCUUUUAUAUACUACGCCUAUGAGCGCUGUUUAGCUGAUUUUUCACCUAAAUAUUUAGCGCCUUUAAAUUUGCCAGAUUGCCGAUUAGUUGUCAUACUAGAUCAAGCCCAUUCGUAUCAAAGCUUUCAUAAUCAAGCCAAAAUUGACGCUCAGAAAAGUGUGGAAGAAUUACAACUAGAAGAACCAUUAGAAACAGCUGCACUCUUUACUUUGUCCGGAGUGGGUUCAGUCGUAAUUAACCAAUGGGGAACGAAAUUACAACAGAAUAAGGAAAGAAUACGCCAAUUUAUUGGAGAUCCUGUCAAGGAACAAAAACUAUUGGAACAAGAUCUUGCAUCAAGUCAUAAAGGUAGUCUUGAUAUAGCUGCUGCUGUUGAGGCUCGUCGCCGUGAAGAAGAAGAGAACACAAAUUCAGUGCAGCUAUCAUAUGACUGGUAUAAUACUGUUAUUUAUGGCUUACCCAACUUGAUUAUAAACUAG